UUAUAUAAGGGGAGAAACGGGCCUUCCAAACACCGUUGACGAGAUCCAGACGCUUCGCCAUGGAGGCGUUCAGGGAGCCCUCGCCAGGAGGCACCGACAGAGAGCCCGCUGCCUCUUCUUCUCCGAUCGACCUCGUUCUCAAUUUCUGGAGAGAUUUUGACUUGGAGAAGGAGAGGAGUGGUCUUGAUGAACAAGGAAUGAAGAUAGCUGAGAAUCAGGAAACCAGCCAGAAAAAUCGGCGGAAACUUGCUGAGAGCACUCGUGACUUCAGGAAAGCUUCUCCAGAUGAAAAGUUGAAUUUAUUCAAUUCAUUGCUCAAGGGGUAUCAAGAAGAAGUUGAUAAUCUCACAAAACGUGCAAAAUUUGGGGAAAAUGCUUUUCUCAACAUUUACCAGAAACUCUAUGAAGCACCUGAUCCCUAUCCAUCUCUUGCUUCAAUAUCUGACCUUGAAGCAAAGUUGGUUGAGUUUGAAGCUGAGAACCGUAAGAUGAGUCAUGAGCUUGAGGAGUUCAGAACCGAAGCUGCUCAUCUAAGAAACCAGCAGGCUACAGUAAGAAGGCUUGAAGAGCGCAAUCGUCAACUAGAAUUGCAGAUGGAGGAGAAAAUUAAGGAGCUUGUAGAAAUUAAACAACGAAGCUUGGCAGAAGAAAACCAGAAGACACUGGAGGUCUUAAAAGACCGGGAAAUAUUAUUGCAGGAGCAGUUACGUCAGGCUAGAGAAAGUGUGUCAAAUAUGCAGAAAUUGCAUGAAUAUGGACAAAGCCAACUCUUUGAGUUUCGUGCCAGAUCAGAUGAAGAAAGGGCAGCUAAACAGUCUGAAGUAAAUCUUCUAAUGGAUGAGGUUGAGCGUGCUCAGACAAGGCUGCUUAGCCUUGAAAGAGAAAAGGAAGCUUUGAGAACUCAAUUGCAUGCAACAAGUGUAGAAAAUGUGAAUAAAACAAGUGAGAAUGCAGAAACAAGCAUUAGCCUUGAGAAUUCGUUGAACGCAAAGGAGAAAAUAAUUUCUGAGUUGCACAUGGAACUUCAUAAUCUGGAGGCUACAUUAUCGAAUGAAAGGGAGCAACACAUGAAUGAGAUGAAGGCGCUUAAGGCGAUUGUGAAUGAUAAGGAAAAUGCUAUUGAGGAGAUAAAAAAGGAGCUUCAGGCAAGGCCAACUGUCAAGCAAAUUGAUGAUCUCCGGAAAAAAGUUAAAAUUUUGCAGGCUGUAGGUUAUAAUUCAAUCGAAGCUGAAGAUUGGGAAAUAGCGACCAGUGGUGAGGAGAUGAGCAAGUUAGAAUCCCUGUUGCUUGACAAGAACAAGAAGAUGGAGCACGAGCUCACACAGUUGAAGGUAAAACUUUCUGAGAAGGAAAAAGCAUUAAAUGCUGCUGAAGCUAAAGCAGCAGAGCUGACAAUUACGUUGAAUGAACAGCAGAAGUUAAUCACUAAGUUGGAGGAUGACAUUUUAAAGGGAUAUAAUUCUGUAGAAAGAAGAACUAACCGAUUUGACGAUUGGGAGUUGCCAGAAAUGGGGGUCCAUGAUAUUCUUGAGAAUUCAGGUUCAAGAUCUGCUUUGCCAGAUCAGGAUCAAAAUUCAAUGCUUCAGGUGAUCUGUAGUCAAAGAGAUCGAUUCAGAAAAAGAUUACAAGAGUCUGAAGAGGAAGUGAGACAGUUGAAGGAGAAAAUAAGAUCCUUGAAUGCAGAGCUUGAGAAGACUAAAUCUGAUAAUGUAAAGCUCUAUGGGAAGAUUCGUUAUGUUCAAGAUUACACUCAGGAAAAACCGGUAUCUAGGGGUUCCAAGAAGCGUGGAGAGGAUAUAGAAAGUGGGUUCAGUUCUGAUGUAGAAGUGAAAUACAAGAAAAUGUAUGAGGAGGAUAUAAAUCCUUUUGUAGCUUUCUCAAAGAAGGAAAAGGAGCAAAGGUACAGGGAGCUUGGAAUAAGAGAUAAGAUCACCCUUAGCAGUGGACGCUUUCUUCUGGGCAACAAAUAUGCUCGAACUUUCAUAUUUUUCUACUCCAUUGGGCUUCAUCUGCUUGUGUUCACCAGCCUAUAUAGGAUGUCAGCGCUAAGCUAUCUCGGAACCACUCCUGCAGCAAAGGAUGUUACAGUUCUGGGAACUGCCAAGAGCCUCACAAUGCAUUGAUUUUAUAUGCCAAUUUUGUAUACAUCUGGGACCUUUUUAGUUGCUUCUGUAUCAUAAAUUUUCUUCUUAAGGAUCUAAAGUUAUGAUGUCUAUAAAAUCACCCUAGAUGUGUUCAACUUCCAA